AUGGGCCUUCAUGACGGCAUGACUGUUUCGUUUCUUUUCUUAGCGAUUGCAGAUUUUAAUUUCGCGGUUGUUUCCCUUGCCCUGGGCGUAUCUGGUUAUGUGUAUGUGUAUGAGGUACAGUAUGGCUACUGGUUUCCUGUGGAACCUUACGGUGUUGGGCUGUUCUUCGCCAACCUGCUGGUACCGCUGUCUGCGGUUGUGGCGGUGAACACCAGCUUCAUAGCCGUGGUAAGAUGCAUCUGCGUUUCCCUGCCGUUGUAUUUCAAGCACGCUUUUAGGCGGGAAACGACAGUCAUGUUGAUGUCCGGAUUUUUUCUCGUCAUCACCGCGGUUGAUAUCCCCGUCUUUGUUUACAUGGGCAUGGUAGACAAAUUUGACCUUGCUCACAACAGGUCAAGGCCGUCUCUGUGGGUGUCGAGCAGUCGAGAAAACGUGAAAGACAUCGUGUGGUCGCUGAUCGCGAUGGCGGUGCCUUUCGCGACCCAGAUCAUUACGAUUGGAUCAAUUAUCAUAAUGGCACGUGCGUUGAAAAACGCGCAGAGAUUCCGGAUGGCUUCUGCCAACGGAGAACUAAACUACCGCACAAAAUUAGUAGAAAAACCAGGAACCAAAGACAAAUUUUCUUUGAAAUCUUCGGGAAAACUUUCAGGAAGAGAUCGACAAAUCGUUAAACAAAUUGUAGUGAUCUCCCUUGUUUAUAUUUUGUGCAACACGCCCAAGAUAAUGUUUAUCUUAGCUGGGGUUGUCGUCCCUGAAUUUGCUUUGGGAUCUCCGUUGAAUUUCCUGUAUCUGACAGUCAGUAACAUCCGGAUGAUAUUUGAGGUCAUCAACUCCACCAUCAACCUCCCUAUCUACUACAGAUACAAUUCCAAAUUUCGCAGCGUGUGUAGGAUUUGGUAA